UGUUGAGAGAGAGAGAGAGAGAGAGAGAGAGAGAGAGAGCUUUCGCAUUACAGCAGAUUGAGAAGAGCGAAAAAUCUAAGAUGGCAUUUCUGAGAUCCCUCUGCCGUACCGCUGCGGCGGCCUCCGUCGCUACGCUCCGAUCAUCCAGAUCCGCCGCUCCCAGUCAGCUGUUGCGCCAUCGUUUCCUCUCAACGCGAGGAUUCUUCGCUGUUUCUUCAUUUCCUUCUAAUCGAACUCCUUACGAUUCUCGGUAUCCUCGAGCAAUGGAUAUUGGACAAGUGCGCAGCUUUAGCGAAGAUGUGUCUCACAUGCCUGAAAUCAAAGACAGUGAUGUUCUGAAAUCUUUCAGAGAAUUGAUGGCGGCAGAUUGGGCAGCGCUACCUUCUGCUGUUGUUAAAGACGCCAAAAACGCAGUCUCGAAAAACACGGAUGACAAGGAAGGGCAAGAGGCCUUGAUGAAUGUGUUCAGAGCAGCUGAGGCUGUUGAGGAAUUUGGUGGGAUUCUCACUUCCUUAAAGAUGGAGAUCGAUGAUAGCAUUGGAAUGAGUGGGGAGAAUGUGAAGACCUUACCUGAAGAUAUAACCAAAGCGCUGCGUCUUGCUUAUCAAAGGUAUACUACCUACCUAGAUGCUUUCGGACCUGAAGAAGUUUACUUGAAGAAGAAGGUUGAGAUGGAGUUGGGAACAAAGAUGAUCCACUUGAAGAUGAGAUGCAGCGGGCUUGGUUCAGAAUGGGGAAAGGUUACCGUUCUUGGAACCUCAGGACUCUCGGGGUCUUACGUGGAGCAAAGAGCAUAAAACAAAUUUGUAUGUUUUUCUGCGUUAUUGUGUCCUUAAGACAUAAUAAAGGUCAAUAACUGACCAAAGACCUAUAUAAGGUGAGUUUGUUCUUUGUUUCCUCCAAAACGAAGCUUUUGAAAGUUAGAGCUUAAAAACAGCACCGAUUGAAAAAUAAAUUCACAGCUCCGACAAUUUUUAAACAGGUC